AUGUACCCAGGGCGCCGGUCUGCGGGUGGUGGAUGGCGAUGUUGGUGGUCCAGCUCUUGGUCACACCCCGACGCCCACGAACGGCGUAUAGCGACUUGGCCACCACAUGCGACCCUGAGGGAUGUUACUAACGAGCAUGUCAGCUAUGAGCGCGAGGAUCAGGGUAUUUUUGAUCAGGCCACCCUCUCCCACGACAGACGCCGACGUUGCGCUCUGCAGAAUUCCGUCCAGGAUCGCCAGGUGGAAUAG